AUGAGCUCAGACUGGGGCCGUGGCGGUGGCUACGGUUCUUCGUAUGAAAGGAGAGGAGAUCAAUUGGAAAAUGAGACAAAUGAGGAUUUUGAUGAAAACAGGAGUGGAGACAGAUAUCCACCCGAAGAUUACAUGACAAAGUUGAGGAAACAACCGUAUUGGUUGUACGCUUUAUUGGGUGUUUCUCUUCUUUUUUUGAUUGCUGGUGCAGUAAUGUUAGGCGUUGGUAUUCACAAUAAUGGAAAGAGAACUGAAAAAGAAGUGCCAGGGACAUCACCGAGUUGUCCUACUCAACCACCUCCAAUAACUUGUCCAACAGUGCCUCCAACAACUCCAACAACUCCAUCAACUUGUCCAACUCUUCCACCAAUCACUUGUCCAACACAGCUUCCAACAGAGAUUUCAACAAGUUGUCCAAGCCCAUCGCCACCAAUCAUUCGUCCCUACUAUUCUACUCUCGGUUUCACUUCAAUAACCUAUGAUGAAGUGCAGAAUGAUUAUCAAGGAACAGCUGAUAAAAUAAGGACUUUAAUUUUACAAGCAAUGAAUGAUAUCAAUGUCAAAAUGAUGGAAUUCAAUGAGGAUUCAAGUCCACAAGUCAAUGUUCUUGGCAUCUCGAAAGCGGAUGUCGGUGUGAAUGUGAUCUCAGCGCUCAUCUUUCCUACAGAAAUCAGCGCUUGGGAAGUGCAGAAACAUUUGGAAACGAUGGAGAGUGUCAAUGUGAAUCAAGUGAUGGCAAGCACACUGACAACCACUGAACCAGUCACCGCUCAGCCAACCACUCAAUGUGUAAUACCAACAGCCACCACAUCUCCACCAAAUCCGGCUGUUCGUGAUCUCGUUUUGUUGAUCGAUAGUUCGAAUGCUUUAAAUGAGACUCAAUUCAAUCAGCUGAAAGCCUUUUUGCAAAGCAAUUUCAUUCCGAAACUUUCCAUUGGAAGUACAUCACUUUUGGUGGCCGCUGGAGAGUACGAUAAUCGUCACUUCAACUUGUACGAUUCUUUUGAUGUUUACAGUCGGAGUGAGCUUUCGCAAAUUAUUGAUUCAUUGAUGCAAUUUGAGGGAAAAUUUAAUGCGAGUGUUUCGAAUGGUUUAAAACGAGUAAACAUCUUGCACAGCACAAGGCCGAACACACCGAGAACAACUCUGCUCAUCACUGGAUCCAGUGAUGCGUACGAUUUUGUGAAAGCCGAGCCAUACGCGGAAAUUCUUAAAUCACCACCCAGCGAUUUUCUCGUCGUUUUGGGGGUUGGCGACACUGUGGAUUCCGAUCUUUUGAAUGCGUUAUCUUCCGGCGAUCAAUACUCAUUUAUGGAUCGAUCGUUGAGCGGAGGGGACAGCCUGGCCGCUCAACUCAAUGACGCCAUUUACGGGUUUACCGUCCCGAAAACGACAACCCCAGCUCCAACUCCGCCCUACACUUGUCAACCCGACAUUGCGAUUCUUUUCGACUCGUCAAUAGCCGUUGGAUCGGAAGAGGAAUUCGAAAAGCAAGUGAAUUUCUUUGCGGGUUCGGUCGCUUCCACAUGGGUCAUUUCACCGAUUGACACCGAGGCUUCGGCAGCGAUUUAUACAAAAGAACAACCGAUGAUCUUCGAGCGUCCCUAUCAAUACACUUCGACAGCCGAUUUCCAGCGCGUUUUGUUCUCAAAAUCAUCCGAUUACUAUUCCGGGCAUUCAUCUAUUAAAGAUGGGGUCUCAUUGUUGAAAUAUUUAUCGAAAGAAUCUCGCGGAAAAGCACAAGUCGCUAUUUUGGUUACAUAUUCAAGUGAUUAUUCGGAUGUUGUUGCUUCGAUUCCAUUUGUGCAAGAGUGGGGCGGGAAUUUGAUAAUCGUCGCAAUGGGUAAAGGAAUCGAUGAGGAUUUGUUGGGAGUGUUGAGUGGGACAGUGAUCGCAAAGCUUGGCUAUGAUGAUGAUGUGGUUUUGCAACUAAACACAGCAAUUUGUAAUCCAAAACCGCCACACAUUUUAUCAACAACAUCAAUUGGAACGGUUAAACCAAAUACAACGACAACAAAGAUGCCAACGACACGAUUCACAGAGCCACCAGUGACUACAUCAAUUCCAACUAUUGCUCCGUGCGCAGAUUGUUAUCCAGAAAUGUCUUCACUUCUUGUUGUCUUUGAUGCAUCUACUGGAUACAGUAAUCAAGAUUAUCGUUUGGUUCUUUCUUUCUUAGCGAAUAAGCUAUUUAAUGCGUGGAAUCAUUGGGAAAGAGUUGCCAUUGCUGCGUUUGCUGAUCACGAUCAUUAUGUGAACAUUGCUGACUACACGGAUUUGCAUUCAGCUCGAGAAGCUGGCAAUUUAAUUAUCAAUUUGGCUCAAGUAAACGGGACACCGGAUUUGGCUAGUGCUCUCCGUCAAACUCUUCGCCGUUUCACUCCAUUGCAGCAAUACGGCCUACAGCAUACUAUCGUUUUCACAACAACAUCCCAGGGAAUCGCACAAGCACAACAAUGGGCUGAUGGGCUAAGAGCACUGGGCACUUUGACAAUCGUUGGAAUCAAUCAUCAAGAUGUUAGCGCCUUUGAUCCACUUGUCACAACUGGAGAUGCGAUUCCGUGGCCAUCCACGAGGAAUACUGAUGGAUUGGUUGAUGCAAUCGAUGCCACAUUGACUCCACCACCAUCAACUACCGUUGGACCAACGACAUCAACUCCAGUCCCAACAACGACAACCACUCAACCCUACACUGGUACAGGCACAACACCGAGCACAAAAUCAACUCCAUCAACUUUGCCAUCAACUCCAUCAACUCCAAAGCCAUCAACGUGUCAAAGAGGAGUUAUUCUGUUGAUUGAUGAAUCAAUGGAUGUACCAGAGACAUCGUUUAAUGAUUACAAAAACUUCUUGUUCUCACUGAUUUCCUCAUGGAAUUUGUCGCGUGAUGAAUACUCUGUGGCGACUCUCGUUUACACAAAAUCCCUCGUCAACGCGAUCACAACAUUCGAUGUGAAUUCAGUGGAUGAAUUGAAGUUGUUGAUCGAUUUAAAUGUGGCUUGGCAUGGAUCAGCUCAAUCCGGAGUGACGAAAGUUCUCCACGCAGCCACCGAUCAAUUACCACCAAUUCGCGAGCAAACGACAACAAUUCUCAUCACAGCAUCUAGUCGUCCCGAUGAUCUCCACUCAGCUAUUCCAUAUGCUGAAAGUUUGCGGAAAAAUGGCAGCUCGGUGAUCACCGUUUCGAUCAAAUCCGAUGCAAGUGUGUUGGCCUCAUCACCUGAUUUUGCUUUCUAUCUUAAUGCAGCAACAGGUUGGGAUGAAGUGGCACAAAAAGUCAACACUUUGAUCUGCCAGAACGGCCCUCCACCACCAACAACAACGACUCCAACAACCCCAAGCACAACGACUGUCACCACAACGCAUUCUAUUCCAUUUGAAUGUCAGCCAGAUAUUUCGAUUCUUAUCGACAGCAGUGAUGCCGUUGUUGGGGAAGAGGAUGGAGUGGCUAGUAUGACGUCAUUCAUUUUGGACCCGCUCGCUCGUUAUUGGCCCAUUGCUCUCAAUCACACCGAAGUCUCUGUCUAUUUUUAUACAGCUAGGUGGGCUCUACUUCUUGGCGCUAACAAUAAUGAAUAUGUUGAUUACAACGAUUUCGCUGCAACUCUAAAGAAUUCCUAUAAUUUGUGGUAUGGAGGAGAUCCAUCAAUGGCAAAUGGUUUACAAUUCAUGAUCGGACACGAGCAAUGGCAAAGAGGACAUCCAAAAGUCAUUCUUUUGUUUACGUGGUCGAGUGACUAUUCUGACAUCGCUCGAUCGGCUCCACUUUUGAAUCAAAUCGAUGGCGGUGUGAAUGUGAUCGUUAUCGGUUUAGGAAAUAAUAUCAAUGUCGACUAUUUGUCAGCGAUUUCUCCAAGAAUUCUCUGGGGAGAUCUUGGAAAAGAAAUGGCUGAAAAGAUCAAUGACUUGAUUUGUGAUGGGAACACCCAGCCGGGCACUCUUCCACCAAUCACUUCCCCUACAACCACAACAGUCACCUCUCCAACAACAACUACGCCGUUUGCUGAACCGACUACAACAAUCAGCCCAUUCCCUUGCCCGGAUUGUCUUCCCCCAUUGGCCAACAUUGUUAUUGUCAUUGAUGCUACAUUGAAUGAUGAUCAGUACACCGCCGAAAUUCAAGUUGUUUUGGGAAUGACGAAAAAUUGGACCCAUUUCGAGCGAGUGGCGCUCGCCGCUUUUGCGGACACUGACGCUAGAUAUGAGAUUUUGUCUCAAUUCGGCGACUUGCACACAUUUGACGACUUGCAGAACACGCUGAACUUUGCCGUGCUGAGAUACGCGGUCAAUGGGAAUAUCACUGUUGGCUUGAAGAAAACUCUUCGCUCAUUUGAGCCGUCGGCAAUGGAUGGGCCUGAGAAAGUGAUUUUCUUCACAACUGAUAAUUCCCAAAGUAACAUCAUGGCAGCAAUUCCCUAUGCUCAAGCACUUCGAGCCAGAGGACAGCUCAUCAUCAUUGGUGUUGGCAUGUCGGACGUUUCUUCAUUGUCCCAAUUGGCCACAGAUGGUGACGCCCUUCAGUGGCCUGAUUUAACCAAUUUAAACAUUGCUGAUACGAUCAUGAGCAUUCUUGGGGCACCGAUUCCGACUACAACCGCUGCACCGACCACUACUCCGCCAACUACGACAGCUGCGCUUACUACUUCUCCAACAAUGACACCAACAACUCCAUCCACAUCAAUCCCAUCCACGACACCUAUGAGUUCUCCAUGUAAACGAGCUGUGAUUUUGUUGAUCGACGAAUCGGCCGCAAUUCCGCCAAUAUCUUCUGGAGAGCUGAAAGAAUUUGCUCGCCAGUUGGUGAUUCGUUGGGUGGUUGGACCGGGAAUGUACACAGUGGCCGGAUUUGGAUACACAAGGAGAUUCGUCAAUAUGUUUGCUGAUUUCGAUUUGCUGAACACACAAGAAGUGAUGGAUUUAUUGGAAAGAAACAUCGUUUGGAGACCGAGUGAUCAAGCUGGAGUCAGCAAAAUUUUGCAUACAGCGUCAACGCUAGAGAUUCCAAGCGGCUACACAGCAACGACUAUUUUGUUAACAGCUUCCAGUCUCGUUGACGAUGUGCAAGUGGCGUCAAAAUGGGCGAAUAUGCUGAAGCAGAAUGGCUCUUCGGUGAUCACCGUUUCAUUCGGUGCUGGGGUUGACGCGUCGGCGCUCUCCUCCGGUGACGGUUUCAAUUUCCGAUCGGAUAGCUACAAAGCAAGUCAAUUCGUCGAGCAAGUGAAUGGGCAGAUUUGCGCAAACGGUCCACUCCCGCCGACAACACAACCCCCACCCACAACAACUCCAAUCCCAACAACGAUUCCCUCGCAAUUCGUCUGCAAUCCUGAUGUCUCAAUUUUGAUCGAUUCAAGCUCAGCCGUUGGAAAUAUGGCCAUUUUCCAAAAUCUUGUUGACUAUAUUGCGUUGAAAUUGACCCCAACUUGGCCAAUCGCUAAAGAUGAGACUGAAGUGGCUGCUGUUCUCUACUCGGCUGCGACGACAAACCCCAUCAUGAACCCAUUUAACUAUUCACAUGCAAGCGAUUUUGCUGUAGAAUUGCUAAGAUAUGAGGCUGAUUACUAUGGAGGAUCGCCGGGAAUUGAUCAAGGUAUUCUAUACACGUUGAGACUCCAAAAUCGACGCGGAACACAGCCCAAAGUCACCCUGCUUUUCACGUAUUCAAGCGCCUACGAUGACGUCCAAUCCACCAUUGAAACUCUUGACUUGAUCGAUUCGACAAUGAACGGAAUGAACUUAAUCGUGGUCGGAUUGGGUGCAAAUGUGAAUGAGGAUUAUUUGAAAGCGAUGACAUCAAGAUGGACUCGAUCAUCGUUGGAUGAUAAUUUGAUUGCACAAAUUAACUCAUGGAUUUGCGGUGGUAACACAAAACAUGGAAACUUACCUACAACAGCUGCGCCGACAACAACUCCGACUACGGCAGCGACAACGACAAGAACAUUUGCUCCACCAAUCACAACCACAUUCACCCCAAUUUGCAACGAUUGCAUCCCACAAGCGUCUAAUUUGCUUUUCGUUUUGGAUGCGUCGAAUGGAACAAAAGAUAUUUUCAUCCAACAAACGCAAGUAGCAAAGAAAUUGGCAUCAAAAUGGACUCAUCUUGAACGAGUCGCGCUUGGAGCAUAUGCUGGCAUGGAUAAGCAUUAUGAAGUGAUCGCACAAUACGGUGAUCUUCGCGAUGCAAACACUUUCUCGAUUUUAGUCGACAGCAUUGUGCAAUUCCCAGAAAAAGCGAAUCUCACUGUUGCCUUCAAGCGAACUUUGCACUCUUUUGAGCCGUUGAAAAACUUUGGCAUGCAACAAGUCAUCUUUUUCAUCACUUCUCAAGACUCAAAUGACAUCCAGAACGCUGUUCAGUACUCGACUCAGCUCCAAUCGUUAGGACCGGUGCUUGUGAUUUUGAUAGGAGCUGGGGAUCCAUCCGUGAUUGCUCCCUUGGCCACACCGAAUGAUGCACUUGGAUGGGCUGAUGUGAAGGAUACGGAAACGAUUGUGCAACAAAUUGAGCAUCUAUUGGACCCGAAUCCGAUCACUUUACCCCCGACAACCACCGCCGCGCCGACGACAACCGGAUCGACGACCAUUCAACCAUCGACGACGACAACACCAACAACUACAAAUCCAAUCACUACCACUACUCCUUUCUGUGACGGUUGCAAUCCACCGAAAUCCAAUUUACUGCUGAUCCUCGAUUUGUCCAGUUUAAUCAAGAAUGGGUCAGUAAACGAGAAAGCAGUGGCCGCGAAUCUCGGUCAAUCGUGGAAUCAUUUCGAGCGUGUUUCGGUGAUCGCUUAUCCAGGCGAAGAUGUCAAUAAUAUUCAAAUCGGUGCAUUCUAUGGAGAUUUGACAAGUUUCGACGAUUUCUAUGCGGCGAUUCGGGAUGAAAUUCGACAAUAUGAUCAACCACCAAAUGUUGCCAAAGCUCUUGAAUUGACGCUGAAAAACGUGAAACCCGAUGGAAAUUAUGGAGCACAGAGGACGAUUUUAUUCUUAUCACAAACUGAUCAAGAUGAUCUUAACAAUGCGGUUCCAUUCGCUCAACAGCUUCAAGCGUUGGGCUCAUUGACGGUGAUUGGAGUGGGAAUGAGUGAAACAAAUGGAUAUGCGCAAUUAGCCACACCGGGAGAUGCACUCGCAUGGGAAAAUGUGAAUGAUGUCAACUCGAUCACAAAAGAUAUCGACAACACAAUUGGCGAGUUGACAACAAUGCCACCAACAACUACACAAGCGCAAACAACGCAAACGAGCGCUACCACUUCAGGGCAAACUCUUCCACCUGGAAAAUGCGGUAAAGAUAUCUUGAUUCUCUUGGACGCGAGUGCUUCUGUUGGAUCGACUGAUAAUUUCAAUCAACUUAAAAACUGGCUAAAAUCGACGCUGAUUCCCCAAUGGGAUCUCCAUCUUUUCACCGUCGCUUUCGCGACUUUUUCAAAUAAAUUGAAUGUGAUCAUGCAUUUUGGUGACACCUCUAAACUCUCCGAGGUACAACAAUUCGUCGAUCAAGCCGCUUAUUUGGGAACACCGUAUGCGCUGGAUAAAGCUUUACACGAGGCAAUCGGCUUAGUGCCAAGCGCUCCAUUGACCACGCUAAUCAUCACUACGAACGGCACAAUUGGUAACGCUUUGUCCUACACAGAUCAGCUAAAGAUCUAUGGAAAUACCAUCUCCGUUUUGGCGAUUGGAUCGUUUAAAAUUGAUGAUUUAACAUUGGUAUCUUCUGGUAAAGAUUUCACUUUCGAGACCCCCGACUUUAACCCAACAAUCGAAAUCGUGAAUGGAGUGACUGAUUCGCUUUGUUUUGUCGCACCCACAACUCAACCACCAUCCACAACCACCCCAACCACUCCACCAACGACCACUUUCCCUUCUCCAUUCAAUUGCAAUCCUGAUCUGAUGUUGCUCAUCGAUGCUUCAGUGGCUGCUGGAGAGGAUAACUUUAAAAAGAGUCUUGAUUUCUUUGCUGAUUCCUUGGUUCCAACGUGGGACAUUGGUUUAGAGAAGACUGAAGCGGCUACCAUUUUGUACACAAAGGGAGUGGGUACAAUGGCUGGCCUAUUAUUUGACUACACCGAUACGGCAACUCUCCAAUCGACACUCCGUUCGGCAAAAAAUCAUUAUUAUGGGGGUUCGCCGAGUAUCGCUGAGGGUAUAAACAUGGGUGACAUGUUCGCCUACGCGAAUCGCGAAGGACACCAACUGACAACGAUUUUACUUACAUUUGUUAGUGAUUACGGUCAAAUCUUUGAUGCUUUAAAUUCAACUGUUUCUUUGCCUGAGAAUUUGAUCAUAUUGGCACUUGAAGAUAUACCGAAUAUUGCAAAUCUGAAAGCCUUAUCAGAAAAUGUCAUUGUUGCUGGAAUGAGCUGGGAUUCGACCUUGGCAAAUCAGAUAAACCAAGUGAUUUGCAAUGAGAAACCAGGCCGGGAAACCCUCGCUCCGCCACAAACAACGACUCCACUAACCACUCCACUCACAACAACACCGCUCACUUUUGCUCCACCAUUAACCACAACAGUUUCUCCAAAUUGUGUUGACUGUAUGCCUCAAGGAAGUCUCUUGUUCAUUAUCGAUGCCGGUUUUGAUCGAAGCUUGCUCCAAGCUCAAAGCUCGGUCAUUUUAUCAAUGGGGAACAAUUGGAAUCACUUUGAAAGAGUAGCUGUGGGAGCUUUUAGAGACACGAUGGCUCAUUUUGAGGUCCUUGCCGAGUACAACACGUUGAACGGACUGACUGAAUUGGUGAAAGCGCUCAGUUUGGCCACUGCCGGUUACACGACGGAUUUGAGCACCGGUUUUCGAAUGGCUGAUAUGGGUUUUGUACCAAAUCCGUCCUAUGGCCGACAACAAACCGUCAUUUUCACCUCAACCCAAGGCUCUGCGGAAAUCGAGAAAGCGAAACAAGCUGCGUACAAUUUACAAAUGAAGGGAAAUGUGAUUCUUGUUGGAGCUGGGUUCAACAAAUGGGAAGGAGCUGACGUCCUUGCCACUCCCGGAGAAACUCUUCUUUGGCCUGAGACGAAUAAAGUCACCGAUAUCGCUGAUCAGAUCAGCAAUUUGUUGAAAAAUCCACCAACUGGUUCGCCCACUUCACCAGCUACAACCACUCCAUUGACGACAACACCAACAACUACAAAUCCAAUCACUACCAGUCUUCAACCUGGAAAAUGCGGUAAAGAUAUCUUGAUUCUCUUGGAUGCGAGUGCUUCCGUUGGAUCGACUGAUAACUUCAAUCAACUUAAAAACUGGCUAAAAUCGACGCUGAUUCCCCAAUGGGAUCUCCAUCUUUUCACCGUCGCUUUCGCGACUUUUUCAAAUAAAUUGAAUGUGAUCAUGCAUUUUGGUGACACCUCUAAACUCUCCGAGGUACAACAAUUCGUCGAUCAAGCCGCUUAUUUGGGAACACCGUAUGCGCUGGAUAAAGCUUUACACGAGGCAAUCGGCUUAGUGCCAAGCGCUCCAUUGACCACGCUAAUCAUCACUACGAAUGGCACAAUUGGUAACUCUUUGUCCUACACAGAUCAGCUAAAAAUCUAUGGAAAUACCAUCUCCGUUUUGGCGAUUGGAUCGUUUAAAAUCGAUGAUUUAACAUUGGUAUCUUCUGGUAAAGAUUUCACUUUCGAGACCCCCGACUUUAACCCAACAAUCGAAAUUGUGAAUGGAGUGACUGAUUCGCUUUGUUUUGUCGCACCCACAACUCAACCACCAUCCACAACCACCCCAACCACUCCACCAACGACCACUUUCCUUUCUCCAUUCAAUUGCAAACCCGAUCUGAUGUUGCUCAUCGAUGCUUCAGUGGCUGCUGGAGAGGAUAACUUUAAAAAGAGUCUUGAUUUCUUUGCUGAUUCCUUGGUUCCAACGUGGGACAUUGGUUUGGAGAAGACUGAAGCGGCUGCCAUUUUGUACACAAAGGGACUGGGUACAAUGAUUGGCUCAAUAUUUGACUACAACAAUACGGCAACUCUCCAAUCGACACUCCGUUCGGCAAGAAAUGAGUAUUAUGGGGGUUCGCCGAGUAUCGCUGAGGGUAUAAACAUGGGUGACAUCUUCACCUACGCGAAUCGCCAAGGACACCAACUGACAACGAUUUUACUUACAUUUGUCAGUGAUUACGGUCAAAUCUUUGAUGCUUUACAUUCAACUGUUUCUGUGCCUGAGAAUUUGAUCAUAUUGGCACUUGAAGAUAUACCGAAUAUUGCAAAUCUGAAAGCCUUAUCAGAAAAUGUCAUUGUUGCUGGAAAGAGCUGGGAUUCGACCUUGGCAAAUCAGAUAAACCAAGUGAUUUGCAAUGAGAAGCCAGGCCGGGAAACCCUCGCUCCGCCACAAACGACGACUCCACUAACCACUCCACUCACAACAACACCGCUCACUUUUGCUCCACCAUUAACCACAACAGUUUCUCCAAAUUGUGUUGACUGUAUGCCUCAAGGAAGUCUCUUGUUCAUUAUCGAUGCCGGUUUUGAUCGAAGCUUGCUCCAAGCUCAAAGCUCGGUCAUUUUAUCAAUGGGGAACAAUUGGAAUCACUUUGAAAGAGUAGCUGUGGGAGCUUUUAGAGACACGAUGGCUCAUUUUGAGGUCCUUGCCGAGUACAACACGUUGAACGGACUGACUGAAUUGAUGAAAGCGCUCAGUUUGGCCACUGCCGGUUACACGACGGAUUUGAGCACCGGUUUUCGAAUGGCUGAUAUGGGUUUUGUACCAAAUCCGUCCUAUGGCCGACAACAAACCGUCAUUUUCACCUCAACCCAAGGCUCUGCGGAAAUCGAGAAAGCGAAACAAGCUGCGUACAAUUUACAAAUGAAGGGAAAUGUGAUUCUUGUUGGAGCUGGGUUCAACAAAUGGGAAGGAGCUGACGUCCUUGCCACUCCCGGAGAAACUCUUCUUUGGCCUGAGACGAAUAAAGUCACCGAUAUCGCUGAUCAGAUCAGCAAUUUGUUGAAAAAUCCACCAACUGGUUCGCCCACUUCACCAGCCACAACCACUCCAUUGACGACAACACCAACAACUACAAAUCCAAUCACUACCACCACUCCUUUCUGUCACGAUUGCAAUCCACCGAAAUCAAAUUUACUGCUGAUCCUCGAUUUGUCCAGUUUAAUCAAGAAUGGGUCAGUAAACGAGAAAGCAGUGGCCGCGAAUCUCGGUCAAUCGUGGAAUCAUUUCGAGCGUGUUUCGGUGAUCGCUUAUCCAGGCGAAGAUGUCAAUAAUAUUCAAAUCGGUGCAUCCUAUGGAGAUUUGACAAGUUUCAACGAUUUCUAUGCGGCGAUUCGGGAUGGAAUUCAACAAUAUGAUCAACCACCAAAUGUUGCCAAAGCUCUUGAAUUGACGUUGAAAAACGUGAAGCCCGAUGGAAAUUAUGGAGCACAGAGGACGAUUUUAUUCUUAUCACAAACUGAUCAAGAUGAUCUUGACAAUGCGGUUCCAUUCGCUCAGCAGCUUCAAGCGUUGGGCUCAUUAACGGUGAUUGGAGUGGGAAUGAGUGAAACAAAUGGAUAUGCGAAAUUAGCCACACCGGGAGAUGCACUCGCAUGGGAAAAUGUGAAUGAUGUCAGCUCGAUCACAAAAGAUAUCGACAACACAAUUGGCGAGUUGACAACAAUGCCACCAACAACUACACAAGCGCAAACAACGCAAACGAGCGCUACCACUUCAACAACCGGGCAAAAUCCACCAACCGGCUCUUCAACCAUGCCAACAAGCCAACCGACUGCAGAAACUACUGCUUCCGACGCUCCACCGGAUCCAACAAAAUUUGGGUGUGAAGUCGAUUUCGUCAUUUUGUUUGACAAUUCACAAGCCACAGGCAGUAGUGACAAUAUGCAAUGGACUGUUGAUUUCCUUUCCGUUGAGCUGCUUUCCUAUUGGGAUAUUGGUGAAAGAAGUCAAGCUGAGAUCAUCUUUUACACAAAAACCUACUCUCAUUUGGAGCCAAACGCGUGGAAAUUCGACUCUACGCAAUCACUUAUGGGCAAUUUCACUCAAUACGAUCGCCUAUAUUUUGGUGGAGAGCCGAGUAUCACAGCUGGCCUCACAACCCUGCUCACUUCGUUGCAAUACAGAAAAACGAAUAAUCGAAUGCUUACAGCGAUGAUGUUCACAAAUUCUAGUGGCUACGAUGAUAUUCAAUCAGCAAUCGCUAUUCGUGAACAAAUCGAGUCACAACUCACUGUUGAUCUCUUCAAUUUGAUUCUAAUUGGAAAUUCAAAGGAUCUGGAAGGUGAUUGGAUGAGAGCUUUAACGGGCAAUGUAAUCAAUGCGGAGAGCUUCAAUGAUGUGCUUUGUAGAUGGUUAAACGAUCAUGCUUGUUGGCGUAGAGAUCCACCUGUCACAUUGAAACCAUUACCGACUUUAUCCACCUCAACAUUGCCUUCAACCACAACAAACACUCCAUUCAAUCCACCAACAACGACAAAUUACAUCCCCACCCCUAAACCAUGCGGUGAAUGCAAUCCGGAAAUGUCGAAUAUUGUCAUCAUUGUUGAUUCAACGUCAUAUCUGACCAAUCAAAUCCAAUUGAUUUUGCAAAUGUGUCAAAAUUGGUGGCCAAUCACGCGAAUCGCACUCGGAGCGGCUUCUGAUCAAUUUGAUCUCGGCUCUCAAUUCGGUGAUGUUCAUUCGGUAAACGAUAUGUACUAUAUUCUUGUGGCUUUCCCGAAUCGAACUGGGCACACACAAGAUUUAACUCUUGGCUUCAAGAAAACGCUGAACUCUUAUACACCGGAUUCAUCCAUCGGCAUGGAAAGAGUCAUUUUCUUCACCUCGACAAAAACUGGAAUUGCUCCAGCUUCUGUUUACGCGUCGGGUUUGAUGUCCCGGGGUACUGUGACGGUGAUCGGUGUCGGCAUGGAUGAUGUGAGCGAUUUGGCGUCAUUAGCCUCACCCGGUUACGCCAUUGCUUGGCCCGAUCCCACAAAUCAGACAGAUCCCUAUCCACAGUCGAUUGUUGAUUUGAUUGAUGCCACGUUGAAUGGCCCUCCACCAACCGGCACUCCUCCAACAGCUCCAACAGCUCCAACUGUGCCAACGACAGCCCAAUCCUCUUCAACUACACAAGCAGCUUCAACAGCUUCAUCUACCACAGCCACACUUCAAACGACAACAACUAUCAACAAUUGCCCCGAUUGUAAUCCACCGUCAGCAAGUAUUCUCUUCCUUGUCGAUACUGGAGCGUCAGUGACUCAAACUGGAUUGGAAGCCCAAAAAUCAGUCCUCAAAACUCUGAUCCAACCAUGGAAUCAUCUUGAUCGAGUUGGAUUGGCCUAUUACUCAAAAGACCUCGGCGAUACGAUCGAUUAUCAAGAUGUGAAAAAUUACGAUGAAUUUUUGCUAGACUUGCAGCAGAUUGAUCUGGACAAUAAGAACAAUGGGAAUUUGACAAAUGCCCUCAAAAAGGCAAUCAAGCAGUACCAGCCAAUAGUCACAUAUGGAGUGCAGAGAGUGGUGUUGUUUACAGAUCAGAGUGACUCAAAAGACAUCGCCUUAGCCACCGACUCAGCUAAGACUCUGCAAGCACUCGGCUCCGUCACCGUUAUCGGAAUUGGAAUGAAUGAUGUGACUGCAUUGUCACCAUUAGCCACAACUGGAAUGGUUCUCCCGUGGAAAGAUCUCUCGCAAAUCGAUGAAAUUGUUCAACAAAUCGGUGUCACUCUCGGCUCAGCAUCUCCAUCAUCCACUCCGAUGGUGACAACUACAGCUGCGAGUUGCCCAGACUGUAAUCCACUUCAAUCAAACAUUCUGCUUCUAUUCGACACUUCACCCAACAACACUUAUUUCUUAGAAAUGCAAGCAGUUGCUCGUGAAAUGGCGAUGAAAUGGAAUCAUUUUGAGCGGAUUGCAAUCGGGGAAUUCUCGUCAAUGGUCCUUCCACAAUCGUUCUAUCGUGAUCUCUCAUCACUGCAAGAAUAUUUCAAAGCUAUUGACUCUUUGGAGCGAAUCACUGAGGCCGAGAAUUUGACAGAAGUUCUCAAAUGGGCCUACUCCGACUUCAUCCCUUUGCCAGAGUUUGGACCUCAGCAAAUUGUUCUUUUCACAGCUUCAGCCGAUCCAAUCGACAUUAAAUCAGCGAUUCCUUAUGCUAAACGAUUGAAAGAUCUUGGCUCAAUGAUUGUCAUUGGAAUCAAUCAACCAAUCGAUGAUCUCUCAUCUCUCUCCUCACCAAAUCUUGCCUAUUCUUGGAAUAAUUUGAGUGAUUUCUCGUCGAUUCAAGAUUACAUCAAUAAGGCUCUUGGUGAGCCAUUGUCUACUGAUCUUCCAACAACAAGUCCCAUUUGUCCUGAUUGUUAUCCAAUGCCUGAAAACAUUCUUCUUCUCAUCGAUUCAUCCGAAGAGAAUCCUUAUUUUGACAAUAUGGUGUCAGCGUUGAAAUCACUUGUACAAGAUUGGAAUCAUUUCGAGCGUUUGGGAAUGGCUGAAUUUGGGUCGAUGUUGAUGAGUAAAGGGAUUUAUGGAGAUUUGAACAGUCUGAAAGAUGUGAUUGGAGAAUUGGAGGAUCUUGAUCGAAUCACCGGCAAGAUUAGCAUCAAUGAUGCCCUGAGUAAAGCGAUCGAUGUCUGGAGUCAAGCACAAACGUAUCCAAUUCAGCGAACGAUUCUUUUAACAUCAUCGAAUAGUGACAAUGCUGAUUUAACAGCAUCAAGCCCGUACGCUGAAGUGCUACGUUCAAUGGGUUCUCUUUCAAUCAUUGGAAUUGGAAAUGAACUCAGCGAUGAUUUCAUUAAAUUGGCUAAUCAAGGCUUUACAUAUUCUUGGAUUGAUACAACGAAUGGAAAAGGAUUUAUCGAUUUUCUGAAUUCGACGUUGAACGGAAAUCCGCGAACAACAACAAUACCAACGACUAGUUCUGUGACAACAACCGACGAAAAUCUGCCAACAACUGCUCUUACAAGUACAUCUCCACCAACUACUACAACAGGAUAUUGUCCCGAUUGUGUGCCAACUUCGACAAAUAUUCUCUUUCUAAUGGAUUGUUCUCCGAAAAAUCAAUGGUUUGAUUCAAUGCAAGGUGUUGCUCGAGAACUGGCCACUGGAUGGACCCAUUUUGAGCGAAUCGCUAUUGGAGAAUUCUCAUCAAUUCUUUUUGUUUCUCGAAAAUAUACAGAAACUCAAUCACUCGAUGAUUUCUAUAAAGCCAUUGAUCAACUAGACAAUAUGAGCGGUGACGUCAAUUUAACUGAAGUUCUCUCAAAAGUGCCAACAAUCUUUAAACCAUUGGACAACUUCAUAAAGCAGAAUGUGAUUCUCUUUACAGCAUCAGGCAAUCGUCAAGACAUUCUUUCCGCUGCACCAUUCGCGAAAACUCUUCGCGAUAUGGGAUCAAUGACCGUAAUCGGGAUCAAUCAAGAGAUCACCGAUUUGCAAGCUUUAUCUUCUCCAAAUUUUGCUUAUUCCUGGACGGAUGUAAACGAUUUGACGUCAGUGGUCGACUUUUUAAAGAACACAUUGAAUGAGCCCUUUGUGACUGAGACGACAACAGGUGGAAACUGUCCGGAUUGUAAUCCAGUUGCUGAAAAUGUUCUCUUGAUUGUUGACACUUCGGAAUUCAAUUCCCAUUUCACUGAUUUGCAAAGCGGUUUGAGGCGGCUGAUCUCGAAUUGGAAUCAUUUUGAACGAGUUGGCAUUGCUGAAUAUGGAUCGCUGCUGUUAACACAAGCGACUUAUGGAGAAAUGGAGUCGUUUGGAGAUGCUGAAUACAGGAUCAGUGAUCUGAAUCGGAUCACUGGCACGAGGAAUAUUACAAAUGCUCUUUCAAAAGCCAUCGAAUUCUACUCAUCCCGUCUCACAUUUCCCAUUCAAAGAACGGUUCUUUUCGCGUCAUCUAGUGAUCUUGCUGAUAUCACGUCAGCAAUUCCAUUCGCGAAUUCUCUGAAAUCAAUGGGAUCAUUGACUGUUGUUGGCGUGGGAAUUACAACUGCUGAAUUGGCAAAACUGGGAACAGAUGGAUUUGAGUAUUCAUGGAUGAACACAAAGGAUUUUCAAGGAAUGAUUGACUUUGUUGAUCCAACAUUGGGUGGACAAAGGCCAACUGGUCGACCAACGACAACGAUAGCCAACAUCUGUCCCGAUUGCAAUCCUCAACAAGAAAACAUUCUUUUCCUUCUUGAUGCUAAUGAAGACAAUUUCGCGAUAGACUCAAUGACGUUAAUGAUACAAAAAAUGGCCUCAAAUUGGAAUCAUUUUGAGCGAAUUGCUGUUUGUCAAUUCUACGAUGUGAUUUUCGAGGAAAUAAUGGGAUAUGGAGAGAUGAAGAGUUUUGAGGAAUUCACGAAUAGCCUAUCUGGAGUACACGGACAUUUUGGAGUGACAACUUUGGCAAAUGCCCUAGAAGCAGCCAACGCGAUCUAUCCACUUGAGGAAUUCGGCGCACAACGAGUCGUGCUAUUCAUCACUGAAGACCUUGAUACAGAUGAUAUUACAAAGAGUAUCCCAUUCGCUCGACAACUCCAACAAAAAGGAUCAGUGACUGUCGUUCAAAUUGGCUAUAAUUCGACAUCAAUGGAUCAAAUCGCUUCUCCAAACUUUGUUUUACAUUGGCUAGACACUGAUCAAUUUGAUGAGAUUAUUUUGGGAAUCGAUUCCACAAUUGGUGGAAACCCGACUCUGACAACACCGCAAACCACUGCUCAAAAUACUUUCCUGUCUUCAACAACACCGCCAACAACUGUACCAGCUACCACAACAACAACAGACUGUCAGAACUGUUUCCCGCCUACUGAAAGUAUUCUUUUCCUUCUUGACUCAUCAAUGAAUAACCAUGCGUUCGGUCAAAUGGAGACUCUUUUCCUUCGAUUGAUUAAUGGAUGGACUGAACCAGAAAGGGUUGCUUUGGGCUGUUUUGCUGAAACGAUUCUCACAAAAGAUGCAGUGAAAUACGGAGAAACGAGUUUCUAUGAGUUUACCAAUUUAAUCGAUUCCCUUGAACCAUCAACGAAACCGGCUGACUUGAUGAAUGCUUUAAAAAUGGCUCUCAAUGACCCUCGGUUUAAACCGAUGACGAAAUAUGGGCAACAAAGGACAGUGAUCUUUGUGAAUGCAAGCACUUCCGAUGUUGUCAAAUCCGUUGAUCUGGCUCAACAACUCCAAUCACUUGGAUCAGUAACAGUUAUUGGAAUCGGCACAAAUCCCAUUCAACCACUAGCCACUCCUGGCUUUGCAUACAGUUGGACAGAUUUCUCAGAAAGUGGACCGGUCAUCGAUUUCAUUAUGAGAACAUUAAUUGAUCCACUUCCAACCACUAGACCAACUACUACAACAGCGCCAACAACAACAGCUUUUCAUUGUGAUGAUUGCAAUCCCAGUUCUGCAAGUAUUCUAUGGAUUUUUGACUCUGCAUUGACAUCUGAACAGGAUCUAUCAUUAAAUCAACAAAAACUGGUUGCCCAUGGGAUUACAUUGAAUUGGAAUCAUUGGGAUCGAGUGGCUGCAAUGAGUUAUGCAAGCACUUCACAACAGAAAGCAGUAUAUGGAGAUUUUGGAUCAUUUGAUUCGUUUUCGUAUUUCAUUGAUGAAACAAUUGUCGGAGCUGUUGAUUCUACAAACAUGACAAUUGCUUUUGAAUCGGCUUUGGAUUUCUCACCACCAACAAAAUACGGAAUUCAGCGUGUCGUUUUCUUCACCACAUCAGCUUUCGGUGAUGAUAUCACAGCUUCAAUCCCUUUCGCUGAAACUCUCCAAAGUCUUGGCUCAGUGAUUGUUGUUGGUGUUGGUAUGAGAGAAGAGGAAAUCGACUCAUUGCUAUUCCUCGGGAAUUACGUAUUCCCUUGGCCGAAUCUAGAGGACAUCACGGAGAUUUCACGUUUAAUCGACUCAGCUUUACAUGGAACAAUGCCUACAAAAGCCACAACAACAACUCGAACGACCCAGAAAACGACUCCUUUCCAAUGUGAUGAUUGUAAUCCAGCCUUGUCUAACGUGAUUUUCAUUCUUGAUUCAUCAAUCGAAAAUUCGGGACUUUCUCCUCAAAAAUCCCUUGUCCAACGACUCGGCUCUAAUUGGAAUCAUUGGGAUCGAGUGGGAUUGAUUGGAUAUGGAGGAGUGGCUGAGAUUCUAUCAGGCUAUGAAGAUCUCGAAACGUAUGAAGAGUUCAAUGAUUUCAUUGGUGAAAUCACCGCCACAGCUGGAAAGGAGAAUAUGACUGCAGCUUUAAAUGCUGCUCUUUUCGUCAAACCACAGUCAAAAUAUGGACAACAGAAUGUGGUUUUCUUCACGGCGUCAAACUCUCCAAAUGACGUGGAUACAGCUGUAGAAGCUGCUGAGAAAUUGAUGCAAAUUGGUGAUGUGAUCGUGAUCGGUAUUGGGUUUAAAAAUGAGGAAAUGAAACCAUUGUAUUAUCUCGGAAAUCAUGCGAUUGCUUGGCCAAAUCUUGAUGAAAGUGACGAUGUAUUGAAUGAGAUUGACAGGAUAUUGAAUGGUAAACCGGCAAGUACGGUACCAACAAGUACAGUACCAACAAGUACGAUCAAAACGACAAAAGCAUCAACUACAACAGCAUAUCAAUGUUCUGACUGUAAUCCAAAGCUCUCCAGCAUCGCUCUCUUAUUCGAUUCCUCAUUAGGAAACCCCGCUUUUCAAAAUAUGAUCUUAAUCGCUAAAACAAUCGGCUUGAAUUGGAAUCAUUUUGAGAGAAUUUCAAUCGCAUUUUAUGCAGAGACUGCUGAAAUAAUAGCAAAUUAUGGAGAAAUGAUGGAAGAAAAUGAUUAUCAAAAGAAAAUCGAUAGUUUAAAGAGCAAUGGGAAUCAAGAGAAUAUGACUGGUGUGAUGCAAUUGGUGGCUGAUAAUGAGUUGAUUGCUAUGUACGGAGAACAGAAAACUGUGCUUUUUACGGCUUCAGCUAAUCGUGCUGACAUUGAUUUAUCUGAGCCAUUUGCUGAAAGAUUGAGAGGAAAAGGCUCGCUAAUUGUUGUUGGAAUCGGUAUGAAAUCGAUGUCUCCAUUUUAUUCCAUUGCAAAUGAUGUCAUUUCGUGGACGGAUUUGAAUGAUUGGUAUUCGAUUGCGGAAACGAUUGAUGAAGCAUUGCAAGGAUCUAUGCCAAUUACAACCACUUUACCAACAAGAAAACCGACAACAACAGCCGCAGAAUGCUCAGACUGUACCCCGCCAGCUGAAUCGAUUCUUCUUCUGCUUGACGUUUCGCAAGAUAAUAAAGGGUACGUUCAACAAAUGUCAGCCGUUCGACAAUUGGUUGAGUCAUGGAAUCAUUUUGAAAGAGUUGCCAUUGCACAAGUCGCCGAAACUCUCAUUCAAGUAGCUGAUUAUGGAGAUAUGCAUAGUUUGGAGGACUUUAAUACCUUCUUCUCCUCAAUCGUUCAAUUACCAGUGAUCUCGAAUUUGACAAGCUCACUGAGACGUGCAACUCUUUCCUACACAAAACAUCCCUUCUGGCUACAACGAGUCGUUCUCUUCUCGGCAUCAGAAAAUGUUGAUGAUAUCACAAAAGCGAUUCCUUACUCGAAUCUCCUUCAACAAAACGGUUCAAUGACUGUAGUUGCAGUCGGAGUUGAUGGAAGAAAAUUGAGUCCGUUAGCAAGUCCAAUGUACGAUUUGGAAUUUGAUUUGAGUGAUAUUGGCGAAAUUGUGAAGCUGAUCGACGCGACAUUGGGUUAUUUGUUACUGGAUUCGACUUCAACGCGAUCUUUGACGACGACAACACCAACAACAACGCCUUUAAUUUGCCCGGAUUGUAAUCCAUCUGCUGCUAAUAUUGUUGUGGUUAUCGAUAAAACAACACAAAAUCAAUAUUUCCCAAUCCAAGCUUUACUAAUCGAAAAUUUGGCUCGAGAAUGGAAUCACUUUGAUCGAAUGGCAAUCUCAACAUUUGGCACAGAAGAAAGCGAUUACAAUGUUGAGGGAAAUUAUGGAGAAAUCAGAAACUACAAUGCUUUUAUCAACUAUGUGACGGUGAUUGUACAAGAAGGAAAUUCAGCCAAUUUGACCGGAGCUUUCAAAUCGACACUAGAGAAUUUUAAACCCCUUCCUCCAUAUAAUCUGCAGAAAAUCGUUCUUUUCACAUCAAAAGCAAAUCCUGACAACAUUGACUCAGCAAAACCUUUUGCGAAACAGUUACAACAAUUUGGAUCAGUUAUUGUCGUCGGUGUUGGGUUGGAGAGUGCUCCGUUGAUUCCAUUAGCUUCUCCAAAUUGCGCUCUCUCGUGGACGGAUCUUGGUGAUCGAGUGACAAUCAGAGAACAAAUUUUGGAUGCUUUGAAU